GGGGUCGGUUCCCACAAUGCGCCGCGCGCCAGUUUCCUUGUCUUGGCCUAGCGAAGGCUUCUGUGGGCCCCGCAUUUGCCGCUAUUGUCCAGCGCUCCCUCCUCCUGCGUGGCGAUUUACGCGCCUGUAACAUUGUAGCCGUCGGCGACCCUUUGCGGCGACAAUGAGCUACGUGCCGCUGCGCUCUCAGGCCGGGUGGCCGCGCACCACGAGCCAGCACGGUCAGAAGUACUUGGACUCGCGCUCCGUGACGCUGGACAGAAUCAUCAACCUGUACCCACUCACUAACUACACGUUCGGCACCAAGGAGCCGCUGUACGAGAAGGACAGCUCGGUGGCGGCUCGCUUCCAGCGCAUGCGUGAAGAGUUUGACCGCAUCGGCAUGCGGCGCUCGGUGGAGGGCGUUCUCAUCGUGCACGAGCACCGCCUGCCGCACGUGCUGCUGCUGCAGCUUGGCACCACCUUCUUCAAACUGCCUGGCGGUGAGCUGAACCCAGGGGAGGACGAAGUGGAGGGGCUGAAGCGGUUGCUGGCUGAGAUCCUCGGCCGGCAAGAUGGGGUGCAGCAGGACUGGGUGAUUGAGGACUGCAUCAGCAACUGGUGGAGGCCAAACUUUGAGCAGGCACAGUACCCAUACAUACCUGCGCACAUCACCAAGCCGAAGGAGCACAAGAAACUGUUCCUCGUACAGUUAUCGGAGAAAGCUCUGUUCGCCGUCCCCAAGAACUACAAGCUGGUUGCUGCACCCCUGUUUGAACUUUACGACAAUGCGCCCGGUUACGGACCCAUCAUCUCAAGUCUCCCUCAGCUACUCAGCAGGUUCAACUUCAUCUACAACUGAGGUGCUGUGUCCUGCAAAUGUUUUUGUGCUAUAAAAUGCAUUGGGUAAGGAAAUGUUAAUGAUCCACGUAGAUGCAUUUAGUUUUGAAAAUCAUACAUGGCAGGUGCUGGAAUUUUCUUUGGUGUCUGUAACCUCAGGAGUGGAAAUGCUUUGGCAGUAAAAACUCUCCAAAGCCCACAUCCACACCACGGAGCUUCAUCUAUUGGAAACAUUAAUCACGGGAUAGGAUUUGUGAACCAUCUGCACCUGUUAAAGGUUUAAAAUUACAAAGUGAGUGCACUGCCCCAUGUCCUUCAUUACGGUUUCUGUGUUUGAAGUCGUCCAUAAAAUGUUGCAAAUAUGACCUCCCAGCCCCUGCUGCCCAAUAAUUGACUUUAAAAUAAUUUCCAGGUCUGGCGACGGUAAAAGAAAAAAACUACUUGUGCGGAUUUAUCUUGUCACUGAAGCGUCUUUGCUUUGGUGUUGCUGCCACUCGCCACCACCACCACUUGUACACAAGUAUCGUGGCAUUGUCCACACGCUGCGAUCCUGUGCCCAAUCCGCAUACAUUUCCGUGAACCUCGCCCUUAAAUGUACCCCCUUUCAUAAGCCAAGCAGUUUGUUCUCUGAUGUUUUUUCUUUCCAAGCUGUCUAUAAUUUUUACAGUGGCUGUUCUUUUUAUUACAGUUAAUUUCGAGGCGUGGACGAUGUUUUUAUGUUUUAUACAACUCCAGCAGUCGUGUUUUAUACGUAUUUUAAAGUGAGCUGGUGAUGUUUAUGUACGAUUUUCGUUUUUUUUUCUUACAGAAGAUUGUGACCUUUUUACAUGAACCUUCACGUUGUACUGUUUCUGGUAAUGGACACGAAAACAGUGCAGUCUGGCUGUAAAUAAACUCUAGAUGCUUUGUCGUA